CACGUGAUCAUGUUAGGUUGAGCGAGUUGUACAGAAGUUGACGUAGAUAAGGCUGUAAGACAAAGUUUAUCGCUUACUCGUUACAGGUAGAACGUAGAUAAAUUAAUAUUGUUAUUUACGUGGAAACGAUCUUUGAACCUUGACCGUGUUGAAUUCGCUGGCGCCUGUGUUUUUUUCAUUUUCAAAAAACCCGGCAGGCUUUCAUAUUCUUCAAAAUAAGGCUGCCUUCCUCUCUCCAAAUGACUGACCCUCAGCUGUCUGUACUUCUCAACACCGGGACUCGGAUGCCUCUGUUGGGAUUGGGUACUUUUCGUUUGCAGGGUCAAGAGGACACUUAUAAUGCUGUGGAUGCAGCUUUGGCAGCUGGUUACCGUGCCUUUGACACUGCGGCAGUGUACCAUAAUGAAGCACAGUUAGGCCAUGCCCUCCGUUGCCUGCUGCCCAAACAUGGUCUUUCUCGAGAAGAUGUUUUUGUUACUAGUAAGCUGGGUCCCAAAGAUCAGGGGUCCAAAGCCAGAGAUGGUUGCCUGCGGAGCCUGGAGCAAUUGGGAUUGGGCUACAUUGACCUAUAUCUUAUUCAUUGGCCAGGUACUCAGGGGCUGCCAGCGGGGGAUAAAAGAAACACUGAAAACCGUGCUCAAAGCUGGACAGUCUUGGAGGAUUUCUACUCAGAAGGAAAAUUUUGUGCCAUUGGGGUGUCUAAUUACACAGUAGAACACAUGGAGGAGCUACUGAAGAGCUGUAAAGUGCCUCCAGCAGUUCUUCAGGUGGAGUUUCACCCAAAGCUGGUUCAAGAGGACCUGAGGGCAUUCUGUAAGGAAAGAGGGGUGUGUUUUCAGGCAUACUCGUCUCUUGGAACAGGGGUUCUACUAUCAGACCAGGUGGUUGUGGAUUUGGCCAAAAAGUAUGGAAGGACAUCAGCCCAAGUGUUGCUGAGGUGGGCCGUACAACAGAACAUUCCAGUACUGCCAAAGUCCUGUCAGCGAGUUCGUGUGGAGGAGAACGGACGUCUGUUUGACUUUGAGAUUAGCAAGGAAGAUGUGGAAAGGCUCUUUGCUCUUGAUUGUGGAGAGAGGUUCUGCUGGGAUCCAAGACAAGUGUCUUAAAGACAACUCUAAAUGUUCUAUAGAUAACUCUAAAUCAAACUAAAUAUUUGACUUACCGAAAUUCCUUCUACUUUAUCUUUUGCUAGACCAUUUGAAGUGAGAGAUGUUCUGAGGUAAACAAUGUGUAAACCAAACUGAAAACAUCAAGACAUUAGCAAGUUCCUAUAGAGGAUAUUUAGUUAGCUAACUCUGUGAAAGUGUCAGAAGUGUUUUUUUAAGUUGUGUGUCC